AUGGGCACAGAGAAAGCCGCACCCAACUUGGAAGCUGACCUCCAUUCGGUCACCGUAGAAGUUACUGAUGAUCACGUUGCUCAUGUUUCGUUUUCGUGGUGGCUUGCGGUACUUCUGGGAAUCUUUGGUGUGAGCUCCUGGGUUGCAAUCAAUGGCCUCUGGAUGGAAUUACCACUGUUAGUCAACGUCCUUCCAGAGCGAUGGAACCUACCUGCUUAUCUGUCCAUUAUAAUUCAGGUGAGCUUGUUUUCCCUGGAUUAUCAGGCUUGAUGAGAAGCAUGCGCUAACCGAAUGCUUUCGUAGCUGGUUCGAAAUUCAAAAUCGAGGCAAUGUUUUUUGUAAUAUUAAAAAUUGUACGUUAUAGUAGAAUCUAUUGUGCCUGCUAAACCGCAUUCAAAAGCUCUAAAGUUGUCCAAAUGGACGUUAAAGGAAUCAGUACGGUGACGAUGAAGUGCAUACCUACUCUCAGCCUUUCCGAACAACCAAAAAACCAUUGCGGUUAGGUUACUGGGACCUACGUAUUCUGAUAACGACUGAUCGUUGUUAACACUACCGACAUUUGCACGUCGAUGAACUACCUUUGGUUCCCAAAAAACUCACUCAUGCACACUAACAGACUUGUUACCUCACUGAACACUCUUGUUGUUUACGUAUACCGGAAAAUGCUCAGUCCCAUUGUUCUGAAUUCCUAAUUAUUAGCGCCUUGCCGACUGAAACGAAGUUUCGACCCGAAAGCAUUAGUUAGUUGUUAUUGCAAUAUUGGGUACCAUGGUGCGUGACCCUAAAGUUCGCCAUACACGACAGGAUGUCUUUUACAUAAGUAUAUUUCUAGCAAUCGUAAAAGGUCAUGAUCGCUAAAGAAAAACAGUUUCCUAAACAGUCUAGAUUUCUCCGCAGAUUUUUGAUGCCUAAGAAACCCAAACAUAUAUGUUAGUAAGUCUGCCUCAAAAUAUCGUUCUUCAUACUCCUUUUGAUGGGCAAUAUAUCUCAAUUUAUCCCUUUACUGAAACACUUUUACAUCCGACCUGCUGUUAGCUUACAAAUAUAGGGUUCCCUCAUUGCCUGGCGUUGAUAUUUUAUCUGAGUAGAUUCACGUAUUUCGUUUUGCCACUAGGGAGUGACCACUCAUUGCUCAUACAAUUUUUCUUUAAAUAUGAGGCGCGUUUUGUACCUCAAGUGUAGCAUUCAGAUGUGGAUAUUAUGAAACUGGAAUAAUCGCAUUGUGGUCUCAAGACUUCUCCAAACUCCAAACUUUUUGAAGCCAGAAGGUGCUAUUCCCUCAAUUUUAGAAUCUAAAUAAAACACAAGUACAAAAGGAGCACUUUUUGUUCCUUUUUCUGUAGUAUGUGGUUGAAUUUAAGCCCGAGUCGAAGAUUUUGUAAAAACACCCGUGCUAAUUCGAUAGUCACUUAAAGGUAGUUUAUAAUCGUGAGCGGAAAGACGCGCAUUUAAAAGCCAUUGUCUUGGCGCGUGUGAAGCACCUUUGGACUAUAUUGCACUUCAAGCAGUUUUACAAAUUCUCUUAAGUAACCCUUUCUAAUCAAGACCUGAUCUUUCGUGGGUCUGCUUUCACUCUGUAGGAACCGCAAAGUAGCUUGAUAGUCGUAUGCAACACUCAUAUAUCACUUUCCAAAAUAAAAUAGUUUUAUUCAGUUUUGCGAAGGAAGCAAUUAUUGAGUAGCACUUUUGAGGGUAGAGGUUUUGGUCCAUAGUGGACUGCCACAUCGUACCCUGCUAAAUUGGGGAAAAAGCACAAAAACCAUGUCCUACAUAUUUAUUUUUCAUCAAAUGUUCCAAGGACAUUGUGUCAUUCCUGCUGGAGGAGUAAUUGCAAUCGGAGGUCGAAGAGUGCUCACAGACUGUGCCCGAAGGCGUUGGGAAUUACUGAAGGCGUUUUAAGGGAUUAAUUUGUUCAAACCCAUGUUGAUUUGACCGGUGCAAUGAAACUUGCAUCACAAAGCAGAUAUGCUGCAGACCGCAAAGGUCAAAAUUGAAGCAAACUACUGCAUUUUGUUUUGGAUUAGAACACACAUCUAGGAGAGCAUAGUCAAAACGCUGUGGCCGACAGCAAGGUUUUUUACCAUCUUAGGAGACGUGCAAAAGUACCAUAUUUAAUUUUCUUCUGGGCUUGACUCCCAACUACUAGUGAAACGCAGUGUUACAAUAUGAUCUUUUUAUUUUGAAGUCGGUUGUAAGCAGCAUUUUUUUCUUUAAAACGUAAAAUACCCUUGUCAUAACCGAUACAGGCAGCUGAAAUGUUUCCUGCAGUGAAACUUACUGUUGCACAUUUCCCAAGGUAGUGUAAACUGUUUUCGAAGUGUCCGAAUGAACAUAUUUUUUGCCGUUGAUCAAACGAGCCCUGUUGUGCGGGUCUUUUUGGGCGUAAUGCUAGAGCCGAAGUAAAUAAAACCCCUUGUCCGGACACUGUUCUUAUCCUACCUUUGAGCAAAGAAUUAUUCCUUAAUCAAAUACGCUGCUCUAAUCGAAGCAUUUAGCCAUCGAAAAAGACCAAGCCGACACAUUUUUGGUUAACUCAGGCCAACUUUUCUAACGCCCAGUUGGCUGUUUGUACUGAAUCUGUUCGCCGCAACUGAUUACGAAAAGAGAAUUUGCGUUCUGAAUAACCAGUAGAGAGAAACCACGAGUACUUUCCUAUGUGGCUUAUUACGUGGGUUUACAAUCCAUGCCGAAAAGGCCGACUCACCUACCUAUGCAAAUUAUAAAGUUGUCACGGCGGCAUGGGCUGUGAUUUGGUUGUUAGAGGUCAAGGGGGUAUCAUUGCAACAAUCUGCUAUUUUGAAAUUUUAAAGAACAAAAUUUUGAACUAGUCUUGUUCGAGGUUGUGGGACUAAAUAUGCUUAUUCGCCUUGGAGAAGGUUGUUUCACAAGAUACGCUUCGGCCUCAGACACAUUUUAGGAUUCCAAUAUCAUGAAUAAUUUCAUCAGGGCGGUGAAUAGUAUCCUCACCGACACUUAGCACAGGUUUCACUGAUAAUGCAUGCUUUUUGUACGUCAGGCUUUGGAAGUAUUUCUAUAUGCGAAAGCGGUCUGUAUGGGUCUUCGCAGCGGCAGCAUAUUACUACGCCGAAUGUGUCAGGUUUUCAGAUGCCAUAAUUCUUGCAGGUUUGCUAGAAUAAUCUUCCCACCUUGGAGCAUGACGUGAAGCACAGUAUGUAGGUUCCCGGACACGCGUUUUGCCGGUUGUCUGGCAGUUACCGAAGGCAUGUAUGAGGUCAGCUCGUCAGCGGUUCGGCAGAAGUUGGACAAAGAACGUUAUGCGGUUGUCCAACUGAAAUUGAUAACCUCCAUAUCAGAUGCUUAAAUUAACAUGUGGACCAGACCUUAAGUGGCCUAUUCCGAAGAUACUUUAUGAUAAUUUAAAAAUUUCUGACAAAAUUACGAAAUUAUAUCUGCGCGCAUGCAGGGGGUUCUAUUCAUUGAACCCGGUUUUUCUUUAUCGAUUAAACCCCUUCUACGGCUUAGCAUUUUGGUGUUGUCUACAGACGGUUAUGCGAGUUCAUUUCCUGCAAGCCAGUAUUGCAAAUGAAGGGUAGCGAGAGCCACCAUUGCUGGCAGUCAGUUCAUGAGACAAAGGACAAACAGCAGAAAAACGAAGUUUUACGAGCACCAUCGUGUAUCAGCAAUGUUUUUGAGACCGUCGCCUGUCUUCCACUGGAACCCCCGACAAUUGUUGCCGCUUAAUGAUUUAAGAUAAUGUGAUUAAAGUACAUCCUGUCACGAAGCGCAGCCUCACUCUGUUUGUGAGGUCCGAUGAAGCUCUUUCCAGUCAAAUUAGGUCGGAGAAUACGUUUAAAGAAACACCUUGAGGUGAUGAGAAGGAUGAACCCAUUGAGUCUGCCAAUGCUACCCGUUCGCCUUCAAGGGCGCCUGGAUAGUUAGUUGAGCGAACAACCACAGAACUGAGAGACUGUGGAAGCCUACUAGACUUGUACGACACUCACCCAUGGCCUCGUGACAUCCUCUAUGGUGAACCCGGCUGCGCGGCACACGUCAACCGACAACGCCGCGGAGUUCAAGGCAAACAGUUGACGGACUCGGGGACCAAUCCGGACGUGAGCAGUAAGGUGGCUAUGAGCACCGGUGCAAACACCGAUGUAAAUUGCACUACGGGGACCGCAGUGCCUUCUUUCCUGGUUCAGAUCGCUGCUGAAGACUGAUGCAUCACGCGAGGGUUCAGCAGCGUGGAUGGUCUUUGUCGAACAGUCAAUAACUGCGACCAUGGUCAUUGCCGAAUAAUACAGAGGAGUGUCUCCCUAGAUUAAGUUGAUGGGAACUUCAUCGCCUUCUAUAAUUCAGGGCUUCGGAGAUUCUUUCUUCUUUUUUGUGUCGGAGAAUGCCGAACCACCUCCCAUCAGCUACUAGAGCGUGCAGCUACGUUCAGUCGAUUUGUCCUAUGGAUUUAAAUUAAGAAGUGGUCAGCUACGCCUGCUGACAUAUAACUCGCAACCAGCUAGCUCACAGGGUAGAACUCGUCUCCUGCGCAACAGACGGAAACCGCAGACCUUCCUCAUUUCGUGUUUGGGUGCUUUGUCAGCUGAUAUAUCCCAUUUGAUUCAUUUUGACCCAACUAUGAAAAACCCGGCGCCUCAGUGGGAUUCGAACCCACGACAGCAAAAGGGAAGGCUUUAGUAACCAACGCUCUAGCCGCCUGAACUACAAGGCCCCACCGGACGACGCGAGUUUAAUUACAUUUGGUUCUGCAGUCGGUAGGCGUUUUCUGACUUCCAUGUUUACGAAUUACCGCCAGUUCUCAUAAUCUGAGCCAAAAAGGCUUCUGCGAAUCCACGUGCACGAAGGACUCAUAAUAAACUCAUGGAAAUACUCGAACGUAGGGUGUAAUUUCUGCUGCGGCGCCCGCAAUGACCGAUACACUUUGCAACUUUGGUCUACUGGUGCGGUCGAAUGGCAUGAAAACUGGACUAGUCAGCCGCUAGCGAGCUGCUAGUACCGAAUUCUGAAGCGAACUGACUUUCCCUUAUCCGAAUACCCAAAACCGGACAGCGCACAGUCUUCGGCACUGCUGUACGAAUGUUUAAUUUCCGUCUAUCACCCAAAGUUUGAACCUUUGCCGCUAGGCAAUUAAGAGCCGCAGAGCCUAAUACAGUUUCUUUAUGGCAGCGGUCCACGCGAUGUUUCUUGUAGACAGAGCAUGGUGAUUGCUAUAUCAAAACGAGGGAAACAAACGAAGGUUGCGCGAGAGUCAGUCAGUGACUGGUGGGCAUACGUAAGACCAACAUCUCUGUCCCUACGUCGCCUUCCGACCAGCAGAGUAAGGAUACUGUUGUCCUCUACUGUUGCAUCUACUGGUUGAGGUGCGCUCUCUCUCUCUCGCUUUCUUAUCAUGAUCUACCCAUCGCUUGAAUGUUUUGACUGGGUUAGAUGGCUUCGGUGCGAUGGAGUGCUUUUGACCCAUAGGGUGGACCUCCUUCCUCGUAUAUGCGCAUGCCUUAAUUUCCGGUCCCAGUUUGUGUUUGAGGUUGUGGCUAUUUGAAUAAGGGUAUGUUAAAGCUGUUUCCCGCCUCCACACAGUGUCAUCUCACCCUCCGCCCCGGGGGGAAUUUACUUAUGCAGCUCGGAGGAUAUGCAACAUACGGCUGGGACGGUGCCCUUGUUGCAGUUGAUGAGUCUUGUGUCGACACCGGCAUCCUGGCUCGAUGAAAUGUCAUAGGAAUCAUGGGGAGACGGAAUUAUGGUUGGGACUUGGGCAUCCUUUUAUCUGCCAUGGAGAAGGCAGAUAAGAUGAAGUGCCAGCACAAUCGCAGCACACGUUUAUCUGACAGUGCUGUAUGAUCUUCGCGAUCUUUAUUUUCUUUCGGCUCCAAACACUGCGCGUUACGAGGAAGGGAUCCAACCUAGUCUGCCUCAAUGCUGACCAAAAAUGGGCAUCAACAAGUUAAGGCAAGUUAGUGGUUAACCUCCUUAACCUAACAAUCAUGGGGAGACGGAAUCGUACCCGAUGGUUGGGACUCAGCCCUUGGAAGAGGAAGAGGCCUCACCUUCUAGCCUACACGAAUGGUGACCACAAAGUAGCCCUCAGAUAUCGGUGACCUCUAAUACAAGUUAGUGGCUAAUCCCCUAAACCGAUGCUAAUAGUUGCUAUUCUCCAGGUCAUCGAGAACUGGACAUCCUGUCAUCCAUCCAUCGCUUCGCGGGGCUUUGAGCUAUCGAAGGGUUUCUUGAGUCGUCGGCAGUCAGCCUCCAUCGCCGGAGGCGGAAACGAAUCGAUCUCGCCACACUCGCUAGAGCAGAUCGUCGCGUGCACUAAGAUGUCAAUACCAGCUAGGCCAGAGACGAUCGAAGCCUUUUUAAGUAGAGGCAAGGACUAGAGAGGUUUGCCGUGCAAAGCCGGUAAAAUUAUCAGACAGACAAUAACUCAGCCUGUCAUGUGAGUUGGGAAGAAUGAUUUCGGAUUGGUUCACACAUACAUCUCACUCUACAGACUAUCAUAACCGUUGAAAUCCGUUUUGAGCCAGACUGUUGAGUUCAUCACUGCUGAUUAUAUGUAACCACUAAAGUUCAGGUAGAAAUGAUUUCCCCUGUGUGUAAAAGAGGGUUCUUUGUUUCUACACGCAAUAUGCCCAAUAAAUAUCCCUUCCUAUCUGCCAAUUUUGCGAUCAACCUACCUGUUCACUCUGAUGACGCUGCAACUUAUUUCGACGCUUCCAACCCUUUAAGUAUUCUGGAAACCGGGCGUUUUGUAAGCUCACAAGCAAAUACUGCGCCCCCUAUCGUACUUGGACUAUUGAAGCCAAAAAUCGCAGAGUACUACGUUGCCAUAUGAAAAUGUAAGCCGUUGGCUUACUCUCCUCCACCGAGUAGUGAACUCAAGGUCGACUGGUGCUGCGACUUGACACACGUGUACUUGAUACAGUCUCGGAUGAGGUCUGGACUCACGCCUCACCUUCGUGACUUCUGAAGAGAAUGUACCGAUUGCGAAACUCUGCACUGCAGAGAAGGGUCAUUGCGAAAUCACUUUUACUCACAGGACACCGGAUGGAUGGUUAGGGUUGGGUCAAGUGGUUGUUUGUCCGUCUGUUUGCUCCGUGUCAAUGACUGUUGUUUGUCAUUGAACGCACAAAAUGCUCUGGACUAAAGGCGGGAAGGAAAAUAACGCAAAGUAUCCCGUUAAUGAUGCGAUCGAGCUGGAGAUCUGCAAUCUCACCGUCGACACAAGCAGUGCCAACAACAAAAUAUUUUGAGUUGCGAAAAUUCCCAUUGUAAAAUUCAAAAGGCAAUUUGGCGAGCAUACGUCUGCUUUCGAUAAAUUCUCUUCAGGCCUGUACAUUUACAUAUAUAUAUUUGAAAAUAUUUGUAUAAAACUAGUGCUGUAGACUGAUUGCCGUUCAAAUCCCCUUCCUUCAGGCCACCCAUCUAAAUGGACUGUUUUGCUGUUUACCGUUUUUGAUACGGCAAAGUAACCGUCAUAAGCCAGUAUACGUUCGAAAGUACAGUUCUUUGAAGUAAGUAACCAAAUUUAUGGAACAUUGUCCGGGAGGUUAAAACAUUGUUUCGACUAGAAUGGACUAGGUAAGUGAAGUUACAGCGCCAUAUAGUUACCAAAUUUUCUCCCGGUCGUAAGCUAUUAGUAAGCAAAUAAGCAAGGUAAGUGUAUCUUCGAACAAGUCAUUUUCAGGGCAAAUAGCCAGACGUCGACUAGAUCAUUGUAGCCCAGGGAAAUGAAUAUAGUGAGUGUACAAUCGAGCGCAUCAUUUCCGAAGUCGAUAACCAGAUCCAGACAUUUACCCUUCGAAGGUAAGUAGCAACCUUGUAAACAUGCAUUUUAGUCUUGUCGGUGGUAGUGGCGAGGGAGUCUGAAAUGACUCUGUCAGUCGUCAGUCAGUCAGGUUGGGAAGGCCCCCUAAUAUAAUUCAGAUGUCUUACAUGUCGAACAUUUGUGCUAGAGGACAUACUAUCAGACCACUGGCUCAUAUCCCAUCGGUUUCAAUCUUGUGCAUCCGAAGUGCCGUGUGUGAGGUUUUGUGGCCGCUCCUGAUUGUAGGACAGAGCAGUGGCGAUUCCGCGUUUUAGGCAGGACAGCAUUACCGAACCCUUGCUGUCGUGGGUUCGAAUCCAACUGAGGCGUCAGGUUUUUCACAGUUGGAUCAAUAUAUAUUAUUUAAAAUCUGCCAAAACAUCUAUGAAAGACAUGGGGAACUGGAAGAGCCAUUUCGGGCUCACUAACCAUCGUCGGACAAUCAUGCCCAAUCCGGAAGUGUGUAACACCUGAGACUGGAUCCCGUGACCUGUUGGUUAAAAGACCAACGCCUCUAGCUACUGUGCCAUGGGCUCGUCCAGCCGGUUGCGAUCGCGAAUAUACAAUGGUGGAGGGGCGCUCACCGAUCGUUUUUACGGAACUCACUUACUUGGGCUCGAGAGAGCCCUAAGACACAACGGGAUGAGUGAGUUCCGUGAAACCGAUCGGUGAGCGUCUCUUUUCCAUUCCGCAUUCUGAUUUGAAGAUUUGGUCUGACUGGUACGCAUGCGCGUUGCAUAGCAAUGAGCAGUUCGUAAUCAGGAAGUGCUUCUGACAAAGCGCUGAAGCCUGGAAUUCCCAUUUUUGACUCAUAUUCUGCAGUCAGUCAGUGAGCCAUACCGAAACCCAAGACGGUAGAAACUCAUCCAGCGGGCGGGUCAGGAAGAGUCGCAAUAUUCGAUAGCAUGCGCUCCUUUUCCGCAACCCGCGAAACUAACACUCGGUAAGGAUGAAUACUUAAGUAGUCUGCAUUUUUCAACUGAUUUCCGCCGCCUUUAUAAACUCAAACACAUACAGCAUACAGAAGAGUGCCUCCCUUUAUGGGAGAUAAUGUCUUCUGCAAAUAUUUGGCUCAAAGAAAUGGCAUCUUUCGGCUUUGAAAAAGUUUAUAAUUAUAGAAAAAUUUGUGGCCGCGGAGAUUUUUACUCAAGUAAAACCGUAUCUGCAUGUUUAUUACUACUGCUUUUGAAGUGUACGCCGUGAUGCAUAUAUGUUGCACAAGGUUAUGAGCACCAGCUGACAUUUCCUCGAUAGCACAGUGGAAUGUAGAAUUCUUCCCAAACGUAAAGUCUUCAGUGGGUAUUUUCAAAAAUCAGAACGCAGGAGCAAAUGGCAGGUUGGGUUCAGAAUCGUUAGGGAACCCUGUUAGCAUAUGACCGCUCCGUUUGGCUUCGUCCAACCUCUUACAUACGGCGGAGUCACCGAGUGGUAUUUCAACAGAGUGCGCAAGCUAUCCCAGUUCUCCAAAGGCUAAUAACAUGAGAUAGCAUACUUUUACGAUUGUUUCCACAGAGUGAUCUAGGCAGGCGAAGUGCCCACUCCACCUUUGCUGCAAAAUAAGAGGCGAACGACCUCUCUCGACCACCAGGACCUAACCAGGAGGGGCAGAGGGCCCCCUGAAGGGGUAUACCUUCUACAACUGAGUUGUUUGUAAGAGUUUCCCUUUCAACGGAGCUGUUUACAAUCGCGAUCGCGGAAAGAUGGGCCCGGAAUUUUUGUUCCGAGUAGGUGUUAACUCUGAUGCGACUUAAAGCUGGUUUUGCGUAAUUAAAUCACGCGAAACCUACCAGCAGCCCAACACUGUUACGUAAUGCUGUACCAGUUGGAUUUUUUCAUACCUCAGAGCCGCAUUAAAGAUUCCCAAUCCAGGUUAAGGUAAACAGCAGAGAACUCGUUGGUGACAUGAAGAGACAUUGGCCGCUGAUCGCGAACAGUUGCAGACGUACUAGGGGAGUGGUAGAGGGACGCUUACCGAUCGCGAUAUGGGACACACUCGUCUUGUUUUGUGCCUUACAGGUCCAAUCUCGAACCCCGACAGAAGCUGCACAGUGGCUAGUAAAAUAGGCAGAAUACACUUACCGACAAGGGAGACUGAAAUGACCAUUCCCGCUGACUUAUUAGCCGUUAUCAGCCAACCAUACUCAGACCCAGGUUCUGCAGCCCCUGGGGUUCGAUCCUGCGACCUGUUGGGUAGAAGUCCAACGCCCUAAUGGACUGGACGAGGGGGCAGUGGGCCUACCUGAGGGGGUAUACGUUCUACAACUGAGUGGUUUGUAAGAGCGUCCCUUUCAGUAGAGAUAUUAACAAUCUCGAUCGUGGAAAUAGGGGCCCGAAUCUGUGUCCCAAAUAGAGGCCAACUCUGAUAUGGCUGAAAGCCAGUUUUGCAUAGUUGCACAAUACAAAAACCUGAAAAAAGUUAAUAAAAGGUCCGACCAUUAAAAUUUGGCCGGCAAACCAGCUGCGAAGCACUGUUUUGUUAUGCCGUGCCAGUAAUCGGAAUCGGAUUUUUCAUAUCUCAGAGUUGCAUUCAAGAUUCCCAAAGCAGGUUAAGUAGGAAGGCAGAAAACUCGUUAUUGAUAUAAAAAAACAGUAAGCCAUUAAUCGGUGGCAACUACCGACAUCAUAAGGGUGUGGUAGAGGGACGCUCACCGAUCGCGAUAUGAAGCACACUCGUUCCGCUUUGUGCCUUUGAGUUCGAUCUCGAGGCUCGCCAGCAAUCGCACAGCGGCUAGUAGUACAGACAGAAUAACAUUAAAGACAAAGACAAGGGGGACUGAAAUGGCCAUUUCUGGCUUACUAGCCCUGUCGUCAGCCGGCCAUACCCAGCCCCCUGAGGUUCGAUCCUGCGACCUAUUCGCUAGAAGUCUAACGCUCCUAACCACUGAGCCACGGGCUCGUUGUCCUGUCGGUUGUGAUCAGGCACAUACAACAAUUGAGGGAGACUGGAAUGACUUUUUUCGGUCUAUGUUUCCUUUUUGCAGCUGAUAACGCCUCAGAUCAGGCCGGAAGAAUGUCAACUUUGUUUAUUAGGCCAAAAACUACCAUUUAAGCCACCGUCUCUAGCGGAACUACGAUCUAAAGUGGUCAAGGCCACAUGUGCCUGGAAUUUACAAUUCUGUCAUUAAUACUGGAUGCGGUGCGAGCGUCUAAAUUUCACAGGCAACCACAUAGCACCUUGUGGUAAAUAAGCUAAAGGUCUUGCUGACCAAGGCAGGGAGGAUUAUGUCAGCCAUUCUCAGAAAGCCGAGCCCCUAGCGUGCAGUCAUUUCUGUUCUCUGUCACACUUUAUUUGCAGAUAGCAAACUUUGGACCCCUACUCUACGUAGUACUCACGCGAAUCUGUCGGGCCUUCAACCGUCGUGCCAGUGGCCGCUGGAUGCAGCUGAUACAACCACCUGAACGACUGGCAAACUAUACAAUACUUCUCUUCGGCUUCCUGGCCUCUGUUCUGCUAACCCAAUUUUGGGACGUGCGUGGAGUUGGUAGACGUCUAAUCUUGGGGCCAUUAGGGCUUACUACUUUAGCACUCUGUCCGUGAUAUCCUUGUUUCUCAGUUUAAUUUGCCAUCUCAAUCUGGGCAUUUUCGGUCUUUUUUGCCUAUAAUCCCUUCAUGUUGCUUACUGUGCUCUUAAAGGUCUUUGAGGGUUCAUUUUUGUUACCCUUCCGCUCCUCUUGCUCCUGUUCUUUCCCCGCUGACUUUGAUAUCCCUGAGGUUAACCCAACCGAUGCCUGUAUCAAAGUCAUUACCCUAACUCAUAGCAGCGUAGCAGGGUGCUUGGUCUCUUGUAGGCGGCUUUAUUGCUGAUAACUCGGCCAAAGUCGAGCGCUGGCGUGAGCACUUUGAGCACCAUCUCAAUUUUGAUACCCAACCUACCUCGUCCCUGUUCUCCUCUUCAGCGGAGUUUAUUCCCUCUCCCACCCAUGCAGUGCCAUGGGACCCCACUCUGAAGGAGAAGUCGUCGAUGCCAUACGAAAGUUACGCAACAAUAAGGCACACGGAGAGGACGGUAUACCCGCUGCAAUCUUCAAGUCUUGUGUCGACACUGGCGCCCUGACCCCAUGAGGUGAUGGAACGAGCGUGGAGAAACGAGGUUGUUCCUGAUGACUGGGGCUUAUGCAUCCUUGUACUUAUCCUCAAGAAGGGAGAUAAGACGAGAUGCGAGAACUACCGCGGCAUAAGCCUCAUCGACUUUGCCGUUGCCCCAUUGGAGGCGUCGAAGGGGGGGGGGGGGUCGGUUCAAAACCAGGCUCGACACAGUUCUUCAAGACAUGGGGGUGGUUCUUGGACCUUCGCUAUUCGGCCUACGUCGUUGGCGAAGGGAAUGGGUUGAGCUGUCCAGAACUGCUGCCGCGGAUCGUCACGCGUGGAUAGGUACAGUUCGUGACAUCAUCGAGGCCGGCUAGAUCAGGCAUGAUCGCAACCGUAUCAAGUAAGUACGAGUACAAGUCAGUUCUCCUCCGACGAGACUUGGCCGCCACGUCUGCCACGAGCGGGAAGUAAUGGAUACGGGUCUUUAAUUAAAAAAAGAAAAACAAAUACGCUUGUCGUCCUGACGCUAAAGCGGGCCUCGAAGACCAAAGUGAGCCCGCCUUGCAAUUCAGCAAGGAAGGCAUGUCGAUUGGUUCGCAUGUGUGCCUGCUUACAGCUGGCUGCGCUGAGGCGGUUCACGGCACGCGUUUGUCAGACUGCACUGACCCCGCGCGACUCCAUAACCACGGGAGGGGUGUAUGAUGUCACACCCUGGGCCUAGGCCUUCAUGUCGCGUCAGGCAUUGCGCCCAAUCCGACUGUUGAUUGGCUCAUACAAUCGGUCGGUGCUGGCGAGUGAGGCUGACACUGGGGAAAUCCAGCCUCACGGCACAUCAGCACAUUUCUCAUUGGAUUAAAUCGAAAGCGCUUGAGUCUAUCCCAACGCGCUGUCAGUCGGGGUUUGGAAGGUUGCCAAGUGACUGGAUAACUCGGUCCUUUUCAGAACUGCCCGUAAUGCCUCCUUCCGAAUAUCGCUGUCAUGACCCUCCCACUGACUUGAGAUUCGAGGCGCAUUUGCAUUAGCCUGGUACAUGUAGCGGGUCAAUGUCGUAUGGCGGUAAGAAACAACGCGGUAGCUGCUAUGCGCGUCUAACUUGGUGCACUCUGUAGGGGGAACUCGAUGGACGUGGGCGUUGGCGAUAAUCGAGUUUUCGGUCGUCCAAACGCUGGACGGCAGAAAAAAGCUGCCUUACUAGGCCGUUUUUUUCGUUUUCUAUUGCAGGGUGAAAGUCCGUGGAAGAAGAAAGUGGUAGAGAGGUGCUUACCGAUCGCGUUACGAAACUCUCUCAUCUCGUUUUGCGCCUCAUGGGCUCUCUCUGGAGCCCCGCUAACAACCGCAUAGUAGCGCGUAACAUAGGCAGGAUGUCUGUGUAUCGGCUGUUCACUACUCAGUGUACAGCCGACCUGGUUAUUGGCAACACCAGUCAGCUAAUGAGUUUUCACUAGGCUUCAUCGCUCCCACUCGUCUAAAUGGUUAGCUUGGCCAAAUAUCUGACACACGCUGUCGAGAUUUUAAAGUCAUGUGGACAAUCUGGGUUGCAUACGCUGAUGGUUGUUGGAAGCCUGCACUCGAUGCCGAAGCCACCAUACACCGUGGGUGUAGUUUGUUGGAACAGGGCUGCCUGCCACUCAGCAGAUGGCGUUUCUGUGUUCGGUACGGCUAACGGCAUUUCUGUGUGUGUGAAAACAGCAGUCUGUCAACAGGUUGCCCGUAAUUUCUACUCAAUUUGAGGCCUGAUUGUUGCACUGCUUCUGUGUCAAAUGUCACAUGAGGUUUUCGGGUGACUUUUACAACAAGAGUGCCCUUCGGUGCGAUUUUCAACUGCGCUUUUCGCCUGCACAUGAAUUGACGUUCUGAGCUUCCGCCCGUUCCCGAUUUCGAUGCUGGUCUGACGGUGACCCCACCGAAUGUUUGCUGCGAAAAUCAAGCUUCAGCGACCUGCCCGUACAGCACGCCCUUAAGCCUUGUUACAUGUUAGACCGGUAACUGGAGCGACGGAAUUCAACUCGCCGACAGCUGCUCUUGUGCACGGUCCAUAAACACUGAACUUUUUCACAUUUUUGGUCUUAAAUUCCGAUGAAAAUGUGAGCUCGCAUCGGCUUUACCUUCUCGCAAAGACAACGGAGGUUUUGAUGCCAAAUGUAUGCACACUGGGAGGCUACUGCUGUCCGUACCUUUUUACACAGAUCACUUCUGACGCCCACUGAGCAACUGGACUAUAACAUGUUUGGCUUCUCGAGUGAUAUCGAAACAGGAGGGGGCGACGGGUGCCGCACAGGCUGCCCAUCUUUGAUGGCCUGUAGACUGUUACUCCCUAGGCAGCCUUGCGUGUAGGGGCACUCCACGCAGUUUCUAAAAGGAAUCCACAACAAGGGUUUCAACAGUGCCAGGUAGUGAUGCAAUCUGCGUCCUUUUGAGUUAUUAAUUUAAUUGAACUCUAGCAACAGCUUCUUCUAAAGAGCAGGGUUCAAAAGUCAAACUCGAAACCCCGGCCAUUUUUGACCAUUGGUUGGACACAGGAAUAAGUACUGCUGGCCUUGUGCUAAGUUCCAGUCGGGGUACCUUUUGCUAACCCUAACCCUUACACCAGUCCUAGUCUCGACUAGUAUUUAGCGCAAGGUCGUCUGCAAUACGAGAGGUACUUAUUCCCGUGUCCUAAAUAGGACUCUCAACACGGUAGACAAUGUGUUUUGGACUUAGCCAAGUCCCUCCUGGAAGUUCUGUUUUAUCGAGACUGAUUCACUUUUCCUUCUGAAUCGUAUCUACUUUUCUUGUGCAUUCCACUACUAAGCUUGUCACAAGUAGUGGUUAUCUCCAACGCAUGCUAGAGGACGUUUUUUUAGAAACGACGUUUGCUAGGGACUUUACAGGGAUCAAAUGCUUUUUGAGUAAGAAACUACGUGUGACCUUGCACUAAAUUACAGGAAAGGUUAGGGUUAGGACGCGUGAAUAGACACCCCCUGGAAUUUGGCGCAAGGCCACCUGUAAGACGGGGGGAUACCUACUGCCGUGUCCCAUCAAGUCAUCUUUAUUUCUGAUGCGUUUCGUGAUGUCGGUUCAAUCCUGCAAGACUUCCCCGCCAUAGCUGCUCAAGGAGACCAACAUGUUGUUCUGCCGAAGAGGCCAAUUCUGGAUGGGACGGGUAAUCAUCAGGUUUUAUUAGAUUCCCUAAUCCACAGCCCUUUCCUAGCAAUAGCCUCUCUCCGCCUCCAGAUCCCUCUUGCACCUACCUUCUUCUAUCUCCCAGCUCUUUGCACACGAGCUCCACUGAUUUGAAUUCGUUUGUCACUUCCCAAAGUGUUGCUUACGGUAGUGUAAGGAGAGAUUUUGUUACUACUCAAACAACUGCAGCAGUAGUAGUAGUUGAUUUUCCUUUUUUACAGGUGGUACUAGUGGUGCCAGGCCUUCCCCCAAAUGUGAACAUGGGCGACUCCUCCCCGGAGGCCAUAAAUGGACAUAGUGUGGGUCUUUUUGUGCUUACUUUCCUGCUCGGUCUCAUCGACUGCAUGUCGUCGGUCACAUUUCUCGCCUACCUGGCCAAUAUGCCCGCGGUCUACGCCGGCGCACUGCUCUUCGGGGAGACUUGCAGCGGUCUCCUGCCCAGUCUUUUCGCUCUUACCCAGGGUGCCAAUCCGGAACCCAUCUGUCACAAUGUGACCGGUAAGCGCCCCGCACCUCUGCUGCCGCCGCAAAGAGUUGUACUGUCAGUUGUCAUUAAUGCAGAUUUCACCCUCAUAAGGACCAUUCUUCACACUGAAAUAACGACCGUUUCGGGCCUAUUCGUCGUCCUCAGCCAGUGCUGCACGCAUUCUUGAACGUACAGCGGGUUUUUGAACCCCAAAUAAGCAGCUGAUCCUACCGACAGUUCGUCGUUUUCGAAGACGUCCACAGUGUGCGCCAUAGCAGGGUGGGGACUGGGACGGUGACUCGCGCGUAAAUUAGCUUAUAGUGAUAUUAGACUUGCGCAGCACCUACUGCACUCCCUCCUCCAUUGCUCACCUGGAUCCGGUGUCAAAACAGAGUCAAGGAGACCGGGAGCGGCAGAGGCCGCAGGUAGCUGGUGGGGCGCAAACCUGCACCUAGGCGUGCUACCACAGUCCCUGGUCUACAACAACCACUUAACUAGGAUUUUAACCAGAAACAACAAUGGGAGGACGGCAGGGAUCCCAAUGGACGCGAUGUGAACCUCAACUUGGCCUGUCACCGUACCCGGACUGUUGGCAUUUGUUAUGAGUGUACGUUCCCCCAUAGCCUCUGCCGACUCCGAUCUAACCCCCGUGAUAGUCCAGCACAUCUACCGCGUGGUCCACUUUAGGGGGAACAUGAUCUCACUACUGCAGUGUCCGGCUCGUGCCAUUUCCGGCCUUGAACUCUGAACAAGCCGACCCAGUUACUGUGCAGUGCUACUUUCACUAGGAGCCGAUAAAAUCGGUGUUAGAUAGCGGGCUGUACCACAGUUCCUAGUUAUCUUUACCGUGGAGGCGUGAAAGAAUUAAAUGCGUGCAAUUAAAUGCCCAUAACGGAUGUGCCCAGUCUCAUGCCAGUACAUUGAACUACCGAAACAGGUAGGCUCAAUAUUAGCCUUGUGGUAAGCGAACAGUUUUAAAGGUCAUUCCUCAACGUCUGGGCCCUAUGUAAGACGUAUGCGCUUUAAAUUUCUGCUUCCAGCACAUCCACUUCUCCAAUACUCUGCAAUGACGUAUUAAGGUAUUUACCGCCACGAAUGCCUCUCCCAGUCCUAAAAUCUCUUGAGUUUGUUCCAUCAGAAUUCAAACUACAGCUUUGUGGCCUUACAUCUCAGUUCACCACUGAGCAACGACCCGAUUGUUUAUGUUAACGUCACUUAGUGUUCAAAUAAGCAUGACGAGGGAAUGGAAAUCUCCCUACUUCGGGGAUCUUGCGUUAAUUUUUCAGGAGGAUUAGGAUUGAUGUGAAGGCUGUGGUUGUGGUUAGGAUUAAAUAGACGGUUGAGGUUAGGAUUAGGGCACAGGAGUAUUUGCCCGUCCUCGGGAUCCCUAUUUCCGUGUCCUUCCCUCAAUACUUCACAACACUACUCGCCACGCAAAAUGAAAUUUGUUUUUCAUUAAAAUUGGGGAUUUCAAGAUAAUUAGGUAGAACUGGGAUCACCUCCUAGUUCGCAGUCUGCGAUGGCCAUCCGUAGUAGGCUUGGGGGUGAGAAUUGACCUUCGAGAUAAUCACAAAUGGUUAGCGAAUAUGAUUAUGCUAAUUGGGUCUUAUGCAGGACUUCCUUGACCAGAGCCGGCUCCCUGUCAUCCCUACGUGCUUCCUGCACCUGCGCAAACAUCUGCUAACCUGGUAUUUGAACGAUAGUCGUACUGCCAGAGAGACUGACCAAAUUCUAACCAACUGAACAUUUCUUAGCCUAGUUUACGAUAGCGGGUGGAUGCCGGUUGCUGGAGCAAGUAACACCUAUGAGUCUGACCACAUUUUGUUUCCCACACGGCUGAAAGGUCACCUCUCAUUCUCGCUCAAAAUGUCCCACUUUAGGCGCCCCGCUGUUAAAAAUCAAGGCACCUAUCGACGCAGCCGAUGUCGUGAGCAUAGUCUGGCCUUGCGCGGUCCAAGUCAAGGGUGAGGGCGAUAGCAAGGUGGUCAUCAUUGAAAUCCUCAGUCCAGAGAGGAUUCCUCAAGUCAAUUUCCGAGAAUUCUGGUAAAGCCAAUUAGAAAAUCAGAAACACUAUGUGACUAAAGUUAUGGCCUGCAUAUUGUGCUCCUCAAGCGUCAGCGAUGGUCUUAAAUUCUACCAGCUAAUUUUCUAAUUUAGUGUUGGACACUCUGCAUUGAGUGACUCUGUUCUCAGGGUGACUGCCGACUUUGUUGCUCAGCUAAGCUCGGGCGAUACUGUGAAUACCUCGGGUUGUAAAAAUAAUCUUUGUGCUAAAGGCCUGCCAUCGUUUCAUCAUCGUUCGAUUUCUACUCCACAACAAUCUCUCCCAAUUAUCUGAUGUUCCGCGUGGCGUGCGACAGGGUAGAAUUGUGUUGUCUAUUCUGUUUGAGUAGACUGGAUUCUUCCAAGGGCUCUACAACCAUUUAGUGGCGUCCAGUUUGACCGAUAUUGACUAUGCUGAUGGGUAUAGUCAACUAACAGAAUGUAUUGUCUCAGGUAAACAUGGUCAGUAAAUCAGUCACUUUAUCCAUCGGCACUAGAAAACCUAAGUGUUUUCUCAUUUCUGACCAGGGGCGCCUCUCGAGGACUAGCGGUUGCCAUCUUUAUGAAGUAAACAAUUUCACCUACCUGGAGGCAAAUGUACUGUCAAAUGUACGAAGGACGACAUAGUUGUCCGAGUUGAUUUUGCCCAAGUACUCGAAGGUGUUUAGUAACCUGUCAUGAUGUCCCGGUUGCCGUCGUCCACCUAGUUAAUGCUUGCUUACAAUUGUGGAUGCUGAGUUGCGUGUGUGAAUUACGAGCGGAAACUGAAGACUUUUGACUGCCAUUGCCGGAGAAUGCCCUUUAAUAUGAAGUUCACCGACUUCCUCUUAAACUAAAGAGCCCUAAGUUGAUAUAACCACAUCAUGACAAUAUACCAGACCGUACAAAAUAUCGGGUGAGGUAGUUUGGACAUGUUACGCGUACCGCACCCCAUGAGUUACGUGUUGCUACCCACUUGCGGUCGUUGAGACGGGAGGUCAAUCCAAAACCUUGGCUACUUCGUCUCCGUCACUCGGAGAACAGAGUGGAUCGAGCUCUCUAAAUCUGUUACCACAAAUCAUGACGUGUGGAAGCGUGCAAUCCUUGGCAUCAUCGAGCAUUAUCGCAGUCCCACCAAGUGCAUUCUCUCCUGUUAAUCAUCAGGCCCCAGUGCAGGCAGAAGGUCCCAACGCCUGGACGCUACGAGUGACGUGCAAACAUGUCGGCAUCUCCGAGUACCACAACACAGCCAGUUUCUUCUUACAGAUUGAUCGGUAGGCGUCGGUUACGCUGUCCUGGUUCCAAGUGUAAGCGUAAUGUGGGCAGCGUAAGCAAAGUAAGCCGAAGGAGGAUGCUGAAAUCGUUAGUGGAAAAGUGGCCAAGGCCAAAGCGAAAAGGGCAACCUGAUGUUUCGGUUUAGAGGUAGGGUUAGUUUAAGGGUUUGUGUUAGCGUCAGGCUGAAAACUGAGUCUAGGGUUAGGGUUUGUGUCAAGUCUAAGGGUUCUGGGGAGAGUUAUGGUUUUGAUUGCAGUUUGGGUCUACAUUUAGUGUUAAGGUUGGGGUUAGAGUAGGGUUAUGGCUAGGUUUGGGGUUAGGGUUUGGGUUACGGUUAAGGCUAAGGUUAGGGAAAGGGUUUGUGGUAGGUUUAAGAUUAAGUGUAGGGUUAGCGCUAGGUUUAUAAUUACGUUAGGGAUAAGGUUUACUUCUGGCGUUACAGUUAGGUCUACUUUAAGGUUUGGGAUAGUGCUGCUCCGCGUGUCCUGUUAACUAGGUCUUUUGCGGGGAUUCUAGGCGUCCUUCAAACUCCCGAUUAGAGUUUGGGUUUGGAUUGCGGUCUAGUUUUACGUCUAGUGCUAGGGUUGGGGUUAGAGUUGGUAGGGUAGGUUUGCGGUUAAGGUUGGGGCUAUGGUUGAUGUCUGGGUUACGGUUGAGGUCAGGGUUAGGAUUUGGGUCAGGGUCAAGGUUAGGCUUAGGAUUAGGGCUAGGGCUUGUGGUAGGUUUAAGGCUAGGUUUAGUGUUAACGUCAGGGCUAGCGUUGGAUUUAGAAUUACGUUAAGGGUUAGGUUUACGGCAAGCUCUGGUUAUGUAUUCCCACCUGAUGAACACAACACUACUGGGUCGAGGUUAGGGGUCAGGAUUAGGGUUAGAGAUUAGGCUUGGGAGUUAGGGUCAGGGGUUAGGGCAACUAUUUCUCAACCACUCAAAGUACAAACGCGCAUUCCCAGUAGCUUUUCUUUUGCCCACAACUACUUCGUCGCCUGUGCGUUCCCCGACCCCACCUGUAAAAAUUUCUAUUAUUACCGGUCCCGUAUCAAGGGUGAUUGGAGUUUGUUUACUUCAGGUGGGGCUACAUAGCCACAUUUGGCCAGGUUAAAAUUUGGGGUUACGGUUUGUUUUACCGUUAGGUUUGGGCUAUGGCUGCACCGCGUGUCCUACCAGCCAGGUCUUUUGUGGGGAUUCUAGGCUUCCUUCAAUCUCGCCGCAGAUUUGUCAUACAUCAAGUUGCUUUUUCUGUUUUAGUCCCGACUACUUUCCCCACUAACGAUCUCCGCAUCUCUCUUCAGCCUUCUUUCCAUUCAAUGUCCACAUUGGGACCAGGAUAGCGUAAUCCAAGCUCGCCGGUUAGUCCAUGCCAGGUGGGAAGGCUCUCCUCCUAGCCCCCCUCCCCCGUUCGGUUCCGUCGUCGCUUUCGGCGAUUACCGGGAUCUACCUACUGUGCUCAACUCAGUGUCGCAAAGUUUAUUCAGUGUUGUGGUUAUCUCAUAUAACGAGAUCUUUUUGCGGCUGUCAGUCUAGGUGACUGCUCCCCUCGGGUCAGCGCACUCGCCGCGGUCGGAGUCACACGUCUGUGUGACUCUGGACUCCCAAUUGACGCCUUUUAUAACCCACGGUUGGGAGUAUCGCGCCUUCCCUGCGCUGGACAGCAGAGUCCGUACUGCUGUACAUGGUUGCAGGCGGAGUUUUUCACAGGUAUCCCUCCCAAACUAAUGAGCUCUUAGGGGGGGGGGGGGUUGUCUUGGUUUACUCUUUUCAACCUAAUCUCGGUUUUUUAAGCUUCACUAACUCAGCUACCCACAUUAACCGCUCAGUUUUUGGUCUGCCCCAGUGAAUGGCACCUCGUCAAUGGUCGCGGAGUACCCACCGCCACGCUUCCCCGUCUCCACCUUCAUGGGCCUUGUCGCGGCGACCACAUUCCUCAGUCUCACGGCCUUCUGCCUGCUGGACUGUCUGCCCUGUGGCUUGGGUCGGACCGUCACCCUGUCCUACCAGAAACUGCAUUCCCUACCUCAGACCAUGGAAACAACCUACACUGACCCCGUGACCGCAGACGAGACGGCGAUUAAAGCGGGAGACACAAGUGAAGCAGGCGUAGGCAAGCCCGAAGGUGUGUGUGCAUGCCCUAUUUCCCAACUCUUUCAUUUGAUUUAUUUUUACAGCCCGCACACAUCCUGUCAGUCAAGUUUGGCUGUCACAGCAAGAUUCCUCGUGUUAGUUGCGUCUUCACUGUCUUCCGAUUGCCUUCGCCAGUCGCAGUGAAGGUUCAAAUGAGCUAGGGCGUGACGCAGUUUCUGGAAGUAAUCAACUUUCCUCGAAGUUGAACAAGAGGCUGUCUGGCUUGAAUUCCUAAGGGACCUAGGGCUCACUUCCUAUCGUACGUCAUUAGUCACUUCUCCCGCUCCUCACCGUAACCUCUCCUUUCCCUUUCUAACUUUUCUCAGAAAUAAACGAGCGGACUUAGAAUGAAUCAUUUGGGACAAGCCUACUCCAUCUCACUCCGAGAGUUGAUAUGGAUAGCUGAGCAGAUGUCCAUAGGUUUCGGCGGAAUACCCGCGUAAUAUGGAUAAACUGCUCUCCACAGUAUACAAUUGUUGAAUAAAAAGGUGUAAACCGGAGGGAUUUGCUCCAAGUCAGCACCCUCAUUUCAAGAAGAUUAAAAAGCUGGAGUACGCAUCAGAAAACACACAGGGAACGGUGAGAGAUUCGCAGCUGCCUCCUUCAACGGGAUGAAAUCGACUAUACACGCGCCUGGGAUUUUAGGCAGUACUCGGGCUUGUCUGUAUGGUGAAACAUUCAGAAUUUAAAAGUUAAUAGCCGGCCCCCGUUCGUUUGCGAUCAUUCGACAUCAGUGAAUUCGUCGCGGUAGUGCAGAGAUAGCUGAGAAACAGCGAAUAAACAAAAGUGGCGCGUGGAUAUUAGCGCUUCGGGCUUCUAGACAUGUCCCAAUAAGGGGAAGGAAUUGUGGUCUACUUCUGUGUGGGGUCAGAGGAAGAGCGGAUCUUCCAGUGGGUUCUGGUUGUGUUUCAUCACUGGUAGAUGUGGGUCCAACUUGGGCUGCUCUACUGUGAUUACCAUACUAACCUGACGAUGAAUGAUCGAAAACCUACGUUUGCUGACUUUGAGUUCUUUAAUGCUCACAUGGGUAUUAUCGCAUUAGGCAUUUGUUAUGACCUUUCCCCACCUGCAUGAGUUGGGCCGCCAGACCGGUUCACCAACUGCCUUUUCGUAAGCUCCAUUUCUGGUACAGUUUUCCUAAAAGCCACUCUGCCUUACUGUUAUGACCCGCCUGGUGCUUGAAAUCCCGUGGAGCGUAUACGCACUGAAUCCUUGUCCCCCAAAGCAGCAGACAAAGAAAACACGGCCGUCCACGGAAAACACCGCAAGUCGCGACUAGGUGAAAGGUGACGCAUAUUUAUAACACUCUACUGUGGUUCGCCGGCUUUCGGCCCAAUGACCUUCGGGAAGAGGUGAGUAGCCAAUGGCGAGGCGCCACAAUUAAGGUGACAGAGCUGUAGAGCGAGAGCAAACGCACGUGGUCUCCAGUGAUUGGUUGGCUCUUGUUUGUGGAAGCGUAGGCGCUCCCAGCACUUACAAACUGCACUCGUACAUUCACUCUGGUUGCCCUCAACACAUAUCCCCGUUCGCUCUCCCCUUAAGAGGUACCAGCGCCGAAGUACGGCCAAGGUAAGCUCUUCUUCGUCUGCUUCCUGCUGACUGGCUACGCCAGCUGCCUCAGCAACGGUCUCCUGCCCUCGCUGCAGUCCUAUUCCGCGGCCGCCUACAACACCCUGACCUACCACCUGGCGGUAACACUGUCUGGCCUGGCUGCACCACUCGCGGCUCUCCUGACCACCAUUAUCUACGACUAUGAACAGUUCGGUCUCUGUGCCCGUGCCCUGUUCGUGCGCUGUCUGCCGGCGCGCCGCGACCAGAAGUCCACCAGUGCCACCUCUGUGUGCUCAGCGUCCGCCGAAGCCCCUGACCGGCAGGAGGAGGAGGAGGAAUACACCUCGAAGAGCUCUCCGGCUGCGCCAGAUACCACCUUUAUCUGCCGUUGCCUCAUCUCGGUAGCCGUCUUGGCUUCUGUUCCCGCGGCCUACAUUUUAUAUCUGGCUGCCUCCAGCCCUGCUCCUCCUCACCUCGGUGGGCUGGGUCCUGCGGUCGCGGUAAGUCCCCUCUUACCCAUUUCGCCGUCUUGAAGGCCUGCAAAUCCUAUAGCAGCCGAGUUGGAGACAUCUCAGAAGAGCAUUUGGCGAGCAGACACGUGCCUUCGAUAAAGUCUCAUCUGGCCUGUGCAUUUGUGCGGGAAGGAGGCACAAAGUGAAACGUGUGACCGAUAAGCGCACUCGAUUACGGUUCCGCUGUGCACGCAAACGGGAUAUGUGAACGGAGAGGGGAGUGGGGGGAAGAGGAUGCAGUAAGUGAGGGCUAGGUAGAGCCGUGUCACAAGGGGGGGGAGGGGAGGGGGCGGGACGCAGAGACAUGCAUACAGCUAAUCGAUCCUUGGCCACGGCAGACGCGGAGAGUGCAAGAGGUUCUUCCGCGCGCACAGGGCCGACCUCUGUUGCCGGAUGGCAGUCGGUUCUGCUGUUGCUGGUAGGUGCUGACCCAGUCGCUUAGGAUAGUUAGGUGGGACCUUGUAAAUCUCACAGAAGGCUUCGUUGGGAUCCACACGGUACCCAGAAUCAGCCAUGUGUGCGGGGAUGGAGCUGUGUAUGCUCUUAACUUCACCCUUCCUCAGCCAUGCCGGUAAGUGUUCUCGUAUUCUUGUGGAUAGGCGCCGACUCGUACGACCAAUACAGCCUGCUCCAUUGGAGCAAGUAAAGGAUUAAAUGCACCUGGUAGCCUAUCCUUAUCCUCCCGGGUAGGACAGAGUUGAUCGAAAACGAUACUUGAACUCUUGCUGCCGUGUCGCCUUGAAAGGGGACUUUGAGGAACAGGGUUUUCUUUUCCACUAUCGGUAUGGUGAGUUUUGCCGGUCGUUCGGCAAAUUUCCUUACAAUAAAUCUUUUAGGAUACCCGUUCUCGCGAAGCAGGUCCUGAAUUCUUCUAAGUCCCUCAUCAACGCUAUCUGCCAAACAGAUCUUUCUAACCCUUUGCGCCAAACAGCGGACCAGAUUACGUUUCUAUUGAAGGGGUACGACACUGUAGAAGUUCGUAUAUUGUCCAGACCAGGUGUCCUUCCAAUAGACAUCUGUUUCACUCUACGUAGUCGUCAAUGCACUUGCAUCUGAUUGACCAUGACCAAAAUCUAAACGAAACCCUAGGGGAAAGCCGCGUUUUAGUCCAUUCUCUGGCUAUGUAGGCCUAGUGCGUGCCCUGCGACGGACCCUCGUAAGACAUUUCGACAGCCUUAAACGAUCAUGACGUUAACCUCGUGUUUCGCGCGGUGAGCCCAGCAGCAUCGACUUGUGCAUGACAUAGUUUCAGGUGAAGCAGAUUUGAAAAGUCAAAUUGGCGAACACGUGUUUUCAGUAACUCUUCAUCAGGCCAAAACGGUUACAAUGAAGUUUAAGUUAUGCGAAUUACAUGACUUAUAAAUGAUUCGGGACAAUUAACAUCGAUCGUUCCCACGCCACUCGCAUGACGAGGCGUGCUAUGACGUGGUCGGCGUGUCGUGGUAAUUGGGUUCGGGGGGCGAGGAGGAGGGGGGGCAUAGGCUGUGAGUGCGUCGUGUACCUUGUGCACCCACCCUGGCAUCAGGAGGUUGGAGCGACGUUGUGGUCGGCGUCGGCCACGGAAGACAGAGCGCCUGUGUCAGAGUCUUCUGACAGCAUAGCACUGGAUUGGCUAGCCGUAUAGCCACUGCCUCAGCUGUAGCUAGCACCCGUUGGCGUAGGCCUUUGGAGAAGCCUGCUGGUGUCCGGUAGACAAUCUGAAAGGCUUCUUUGGCAUCGACUCGGUGAUUCGUAUCGACAAGAUGUGCGAGAAUAGAACUCGAGAUCGAUUUCUUCUCACCUUUGCCUAGCCAGGCCGGUAUGUGUUCACGUACUCUCUUUUCCCAACGCCUCGUUGUACGGCCGAUGUAGCCCGCUCCACAGGAGCAAGUGAAUGAAUAAAUACACAUUGAUGUGGCCUGCAACGGGAGUCGGUCUUUACCUCCCAAGCGUAGGAGGGGAGAGUUAGUGAAACGCACACGUAAGUUCGCCGCGGGGAAAGCGUUAGUGAUCGCUGUCUUCAGACGUCUUUUUACCAGUUCACUUGCUGCGUCUCCUUGAAAAGGCAAUCGUAUAAAUAAGUCCUUCUUUUCUGCAGUUGCCAUGGUAGGUUUUGCAGUGCGCUCCCCUAUAUUUCGAAGGAUAAAUCUUUCUGGAUAUCCGUUUUCGUGGAGUGUAUCCCGCAGCUGCUGCAGUUCUGCCUCCACAGUCUCAGGAGAGCAGAUACGUCGCACUCUAGCUGCCAAUCCCUGGACUAGAUUUCGUUUGAUGUUGAGGGGAACAAAACUGUGAAAGUUAAUGUAUUGUCCCGUCCAGGUUUUCUUUCGGAAUACUCUACGUUGGAUAGACCCAUCCUCUUGUCUGUGCAGAAGAACGUCGAGGAACGCUAUUUCAUUGUUUGCCUCAAACUCUGCAGAGAACGUUAGCGAGGGGUGUGAAUUGUUGAAUUUUUGAAUCAGGACGUCUGUGUCGGUGGUAACAUCCGUCAGGCAGAAAAUAUCGUCUACGUACCGACCGUAGAAGCUGAGGUCAUUAAUGGUGUCUUGUAAACUUGUCAUCUCGACUUUGCCCAUGAAGACAUUUGCGAGGAAUUGGCCGAGCGGUGAGCCCAUCGCUACGCCGUCUAUUUGCCUGUACAAUUGACCAUUGCAGAGAAACUGGACGUUUUGUGUGCACUUUGUCAGAAGCUCUUUUAGCGUCUCCAACGGCAUGCCUAACGGGUAGUUCGUGUCGCGGAUAACGUCACAAAGGUAGUUUAUUGUUUCGGCUACGGGUACAUUAGUAAACAAUGAUGCUACGUCUAAAGAUAGCAUCCUCCGUCCGUCAACGUUAAUAUCCUUGAUUGCCUCGACAAACUCGAAGGUGUCCUUCAGACUUAGGGGAUACAAAUGACUUUGCAGCGGUUUAAGCUUUUCGACUAGCCACUUUGCUAUGGUGUGAUAGGGCGAAUUCCGCAUAUCCAGGAUCGGACGUAGGGGUAGUCCGUGUUUGUGAAUUUUUGGAAGGCCGUACAUUCUGGGUAUGGCCGUGCCCACUGGUCUUAGUCGCUCAUAUUCUUUGUCAGAUAAAUGACCUUCUUUGUGGAGAACUUUGAGGACCGCCGUCAGUUGACCUUCAACGGCCUCGGUGCGGUCCCUGUCUUUCUCGGAUUUCGAGAAUUUGGUACGAUCCGACAAGAUUGCUUCUAGUUUUUCUACGUACUCUUUUCUAUCCAUCAGUACAACUCCUGAACCCUUAUCCGGCCUGGUUAGCACAAUGUUUUCGUUUUUACGAAGUUCGCUGAGGCUAUCGAGAUGGGCCCUUGUUAAUGGACCUUUGUUUUUUGGAGCCUUUCUUAAGUACUGUUGAUAGCAAUUAACCAUAGUCGACUUCAGAUAGUCUACUUCUCUAGGCCCGCUAGGUUUUAGAUCGGCAGUCCGACUGAAUAGACUUUCGAAUUGGACUUCUAACUCUAGCUGCUUCGGCAUCCGCCGUGCAUUGCAAAACCUAGGACCAAGAGACAGUACCUCUAUGAGAGUUUUGUCAAGCUGUACUGAGGAAUGGUUAUGAACGUACCGUUCCUGAUUAUUCGGAAGGGCCGUCUGAGCCUUCACUGGUUGGACGCUUCGAAGGAGCUUAGUCCACCUCGCCUCGGUUCUUUUACUUCUGACAGUUUGCACGUAGUUUUCGAACGCCAGUCUCUCGCAAUUUUCAAGACGGUCAAGGGCCGCUGUUCUCUGGCACAGAUUCCGUUGGAGUUCCUCAAUUCCGGCGCUAAUAGUCUCCAGGUGACUUUCUGCAUAUCGUCGUAGUGCGGCUGGGGUAGUGGCAAUAUGAUUCCUUCGUAAGGUUUUCCAGCAGAUUUGCACAGCAUCUUCUGUACUCUCGCCUCCACCCCCCACCCCCACCUUUCUCCGAUUACGAGACGAGGUCAAAACGGCCUGGGAUGAGCGUGGACUCAGUGGCCGUCAAAGUUAAACAGCCCGUCUGCGCGUGCCACUCAUGACCUAGUCCCAAAUUCAUGUACCGGCAUACACCCAAUGGCAUGUGUCGCACUUAAUUGAAAGUUGCAUAUCCUGAUAUGCGUGAUUUCGGUUGCCACGCAAACGUGAUUUCUGCAGGAGCGAUACAUGAUGUGUUACGGAAGGGAUGUAGGCGUGAAGGUAGGACGAGGUGUUUGGAUGGUGGUGUCCGGAUUGUAGUGUUUUACUGGUGCUUUUGGUGGAGGCUCAUAUGGCCGAUUACGCCCAGUGUGGGGAGUUGAGGAGUGUGGCAGGUAUCGAGGCUAAAGGCACUGCUCUGCCAUGCCCACUGCGAUGGAGUUUCAGGUGGUCGACUAGGCCGGUGCCUAAUGCGAAGGUGUCGCUGUGAGUACAAGUUAGAAUGGAAGGGGAGAGGGAUGAUCGUAACGGUGGGCAGGACGGUAGGAGUGUCCUCGCUGGUGCCUCAUGUGGUCUCGGCGGUGAUGGUGGGGAUAUGGGAGGCGAGUUAGUCAUUUUGACCUUGCAUUGGGUUCGGAAAUCUCCAAUGAGUGCCAUGCAUGUUCCAGAUGUUCCUUAACAAUGUGGACGCGACGCCGGCCUUGGGCAUCUGCAUCUUCGGUCCACCAUACCAAAGUCCUGCAAGCCCUCCAUCUUUCCUUGGCUUAACUCCUCUGUUGACUUCGAAAUUGAUUGUUUCAGGCUUUUCGACUGUGCGUCAAGCCUGCUGCUCUUGAGAAACGUCCUUCCAGGUCUCAGGGUUGAUUUUAUGGUAGCCCUUCUAGUGACGCCUUUGUCUGCCUGUUUUGCAGGUACCUGUAACAACAUCACCAUAGAAUAGCCCCUUAGGCAGGUGGUAAUCACUGCUCACGACAUGAGUGUUCCACCGCAGUUUUUUCUGUCUCAGCAUGGAAUGGAUGCCGGUACUUCCAAGUUCUCGGUGUCUGCAUCCCUUACCGUCACUCCACCUUUAGCAUUGUUUGAUGACGGGUGAGGUUGAAAUUAUUUACUAUGCUAGCUUGGGCUUUUAUUCACAGCCAAUCUCAUCGCCCGUGCAAGUGUUGUCCAGUCAACUGCCCUGCGUUUUUUGUUGAGCUGGAUGUCGCAGAGGUUUUAGAACUGACCGAAGGCACCACGGGCUUUUGGCGUCCGAUCUGCAGUUUCGUAGUGGACACUGAAGUUUCUUAAUAUUAUUCUCUCCAAGCACACAAAUUUCUCCGUCUGCUGCGAAGCGAAUUCUGCUGAAAGCGUAGCCACCAAUCGGAGUCGGUUUAUGCAUGCCUGGUGUCUUCCGCGUGCUGAUGGCCAGUCCGAGAUUCGAGCAGCCGGAGUUAUAGAGGUCCACCUCCUGCUGCCUUUACUCUUUAGUCGUAGUGUUUAGCGCGCAUUCAUCCGCUAAGAAGAGGUCGUUGACACUGUUCUGGAAAACUGCCCAAGAUGCCUGUAGGCGACAGUCGUUGAGCCGCUGUCCAACGGUUCUGUAGGUGAUGUUGGUUCUUGACGUCUCCUCAUGGUAGAUGUCCAAUGGCAGGGCGGAAGGCAUGAGACUGAAUAGGGUGGAAGUAAUUACACAAGCCUGUUUCCUCCCUUUUGCCACCGCGAAUGCUUCCGAGUCUGACCUUUUGUCCGUGACGCGAACCAUCAGCCAUUUGGAUCUCUCCGGGCAUUCAGAUUUUAGCAUGAUUGUUUAGGCCAUUGCGCUUCACCGCGUCGAGUGCCGCCUACGUCAGACAUCCAAAGUGGCGUACAGAUUGAUUCACAUUUUCUGGCACUUACUUUAAAAUCUGUUGGCCGCGAUGAUCGGAGUCGUGGUUCCGCGGUAUUUUCGGAAUUCACACUGUGUUUCUGCAACCAGUCCCUGCUGUGUGCUGAGAUGCCAAAGUAGGUCUCGGACGGUGAUUUUGCCAGCAUUGCUGAGAAGGGUGAUGCGUCUGUGGUCAUCACAAGGUCGUCGGCUCCCUUCCGUCCGUAUACAUAUAAUGUUGACAUCCUUGAGGUUCUGAAGGAGGUGUUCUUGCCUCCGCAUCUCCUGGAAGUACGCUCGUCUAUGAGUUAUGGGUCAUCACAUUUGUAAAUUUCGAAUGGUGCUGCGUCAGCUUCCGGACAGCUAUUGGUUUUCUUAGGGAGGGAAGGCGGACGCCGGUCGUCGUUUGUGUUCACCUGAGAAACCUGGUUGAUGACUUCGUCAUUCUAUUGUGGACGGUCCUAUCGUUGGCAUAGGUGGUGUGUAUAGUGUAUUUCACGGAGAGCAGGCUGUCAAUUUCUUCGUCUUCUUCAUCAAACCAGUCCUGGUGCUGUCAACGAGCACAACCAUGUGUUUCUAUCACGAAGGUCCGGAUGGUAUCCCCAGCGUCCUCCACUGGAUCUCCGCAGUGACAUCCGCCUCCAAAGCUUACAUUUGUCCCAGGUUGUACUUUAUGCAAUUGUUAGAAUUCAACCGCCUUUCAACUGUAUCCCGUAUUUGUCGUAUCCGGUGUCGGCUUACCUUGCGGCGACCUACGUAGUUGUAGAUGAGGCCUCACCUCCGUGAUGAUAAGGUGAUGGUCCGUCCGGCAGUCGGCAGGGCGUCAUGCUGGUAGAGCUUCCGGACGAAGAUGUAGACUAGCAAUUGGUGGUAACGUGAGCAAGAUACAUCCCCACUGUUUGCUUCCAGAUCGAUACGCAGAAAAAGGUGUCAGUCAAGAGAAGAUUGUUUUUUUGUUCAGACCUACAGGAGGCCAUUGCUUUUACAGUUGCCGAUGUUGUAGCGACUUGACCCUCCCGCCCAGGUAGCGUGAUAUGUACCGACGCGGGACUAGUGAAGCGACAUUGGAGGGAUGUCUGCCACGAUGUAAAUGAACAAAUCAGAGAACGAUCUGAGAAAAACCGAAGAAAACUCCCUUCAUGCUGCUAAUUUGGGUCGAGCGAGUACAACUGUUCCAGGCAGAAGUUGUGACCUUCUUCAUCAUCAGUCCGAAAAGAUGUUAUACGUGAAUCGAUUUAAAGUUUUUUUUGUCCACCGCGCACCUCCGCCCCGCGUAGGCCAUUUAUUUUUGCCUGUUUAUCUCGAAUUCGGUCAUCCCGGAUUGCAAGCUUCAACCGCCAGGAGUCUGUGCUGGGUUUUGAAUAGUUGAGGCGUGUCGACGCGCCUAGCCGUGGUUCCUUGACAUGCAGCAUCGGCUUUAGAGGUGAUGACAUUGGUAUCCCCUGUCCUUCCUCCCAAAAUUUCCAUUCUCCACCCUACAGGUGCUCGCGUGGAUCCUCACAACUGCCGGGUUCACAGUUCAGAAGACCUGGAUAACCCUGUUUCUAGUGAAGUUUGGAACUCAGCGAAAUCUCCGCACCCUGGGCAUCGCAACGCAGACUGGCUCAGUGAUUGGUGCCAUCAUCAGCUUCCUCCUGACCGCUCAGUUCAACCUCCUUAUCUCUAAGACACCUUGUACCUAG